CCCUUGUUGAAAACAAUCCCUCAAGCCUUCGUGACGUUACAGACGCAGUCUUAAAGCGGCGUGCGCGCGAGUGGACGGCAGUGAUGGCGCGCCUGUUGCUAUUGGUGUUCGUUGUCGCCGUGUGCGCAGGCCAAGAUGGCAUCACACCGAAACCAAAAAAGGUUCUCGAUACCAUCAUGAACCCAGCGUACAUCCCGGCGGAAGAGAAACAUGGUUCCUAUUGGAAGAAAUCAGCAAGGACGACCAUCAAAGCUAAAAUAGCUGAAACACUGAAUACCAAUAAAGCUCAUAAUGGCAUACUUUUCGUUGGUGAUGGGAUGUCCCUGGCUACGGUCAUGGCGGCGAGGACGUUUGGGGGGCAGCUGAAUAAUGGGCUGGGGGAGGAAAACGUUUUGGAGUUCGAGAGAUUCCCUGUCACUGGAUUGGCUAAGACAUACUGCCUCGACGCUCAAGUCCCGGACUCUGCCUGCACCGCCACGUCUUACCUUACAGGCGUGAAGACGAAGUACGGUGUCAUCGGGCUUGAUGGCAACGUGACGAGGGCCGCCUGCAGUCCACAGCUUCAUAAGGGCAACUGGGCUACGUCUAUUGGGCAGUGGGCGCUGGAACAAGGAUUGGAUGUUGGUCUAGUAACAACGACGCGUGUAACCCACGCCUCGCCGGCGGGAAUGUACGCGCACACGUCGGAACGUAAUUGGGAGUCUGAUGCAGAUGUUCCCGACGAGUGCCUUCAGCUCGGUUGUCGAGAUAUCGCGCACCAGCUGGUUAUGAAUAACCCGGGACGACAGUUUAAGGUGAUAAUGGGUGGAGGCCGACGCGAGCUUCUACCCAAGAUACAGAACCCGUUGGUUAACAGUACCGGUAAGCGGUUAGAUGGACUGGACCUCACGGAGUUGUGGCAUAUUGACAAGACGGAGAAGAACGUGACGCACCAGUACGUUACUGAUAGGAGCGAGCUAUUGAAGGUAUCAAACUCCGAAGAUCUACCCGAAUACCUGCUCGGCCUGUUCCAAGACGAUCACAUGUCCUACCAUCUACAGGCCGAGAAUCAGCCUACGCUGGAGGAAAUGGUCGAGGUGGCCAUCAAAAUGCUGAGUAGGAGUCCCAAAGGAUUCUUUUUGUUUGUUGAAGGUGGCAGAAUAGACCACGCACACCACGACAGCCUCGCGCAUCUCGCCCUUGACGAAACUGUGGAAUACUCCAAAGCGGUCAAGAAAGCCAAAGAACUGACCGACCCUGAAGAAACCCUGAUCGUCGUGACCUCUGACCACGCCCAUACUAUGACCGUAGCUGGCUACCCUUCUAGGGGUAAUGAUAUAUUGGGUGUUGUGGAUACGGCAACUGGAGAUGAUGGAAAGCCAUAUACGACGAUUAGUUAUGCUAAUGGGAAAGGAAAGUCCAUUGGGGAUGAUGGGACGAGGGUGGAUGUGACUUUGCACCAGGCGUUUAUGGCACGUGACGUCAGCUACGUUUACCCCGGCCUUGUCCCACUUGACUCCGAAACCCACGGGGGCGAGGACGUAGCAGUCUUCGCACGAGGACCUUGGCAACACCUCUUCACUUCCAGCUACGAGCAGACCGUAGUCCCCCACCUCAUUGCCUACGCCAUGUGUUUAUCAGAAGACCAGCAUGAGAACUGCAGGUUAAAGACUAGGUUUGGACGGUUUUACCCGUCUAGCGCGGUGUUGAAUAGACCUAGUUUGGUUAGUUUAAGUAUUUUGGCUGUGAUUGUUAGUGUUAAGUAUUUAUACUAUUUAUAGUUUCGAUUUAAGGUGUUUACUAGUAGUUGUUGGGUUUUGGGAUUAUGCUGUAGUUUUUUGAGUAAUCUUACACUAAUAAUUUUACAAUUAAAUCAUGCCAAACUUUUACGUUUGAUGGCAACUGUUGUUUGCCUUUCUAUUCAAGCAAUAGUAAUAUAGCAUAAAAUUGGGUCCAUUUCUGCAACAUUUGUAGGUACCUGAAGUUGUGUGAGUUUCCACAGAAAUGUAUUAUUUACUGUGGUAAAGACUAAACUUACGUUUACGGGUGUGAAUUUAAUAAGAUUUUCCCGUCAUUAUAACAUUACUCUCUCUCUCUUUCUGGUUACCUACCACUACUAUACAUUGAAGAGAGAGAGAAAGUAACAAUAAACUGGGUGAUUUUGUGGUCGUGAUCAAAGAUGUAUUAAGAUCAUACUAAGCAAAGUUCCCGCGGGAACUAACCAGAAAAGCGCAAAAAAAAACCAAUGGACACCUUGAAUCAAAUGUCAAGUAUAAGUAUGAAUUAUCUCAGAUGAUUUUUUGGGGCUCGGGCCCUAAUCUGCUAAAUAAAAGCCUUUGUUUCUUUUAAGAGCGGUCUUCAGCACGUGUCAAAGCAACCAUGUCGUUUAAAAGCAACUAUCGGGAUAGUAUUAAGGUUCAAAUUUAUGUGACGGCUCAUUCAGAGAACAAUCAGGGUGGUCUUUUCUUUGGAGAUAACAAAAUGUUUUAUCUCCGAAUGGGCUGUUUCAUGAAUUUUAACCAUUUAAAUAGAAUGGUAAAUUUGUUUAUCAAACGGGCUUAUUCCCGUUACUUAUGUCGAGGCUAUUAGCAGUAAGCAGUGUAACCACUGCAUAAAGGAAACAAAUCCUUUUGUUUAACAGAUUAGGGCCCGAGCCCGAAAAAAUGAUCUGAGAUAAUUCUUAUACCCACAGCAUAAUGUCGAAAUGCAUAAACUACGAUUAGGUAGGUAUACAAUUAGAAAUACAAGAUCCCUCGCAAUAGGAACAUAAAUCAACAAAAUAAUUUACACGGCACUAUUUUUAAGCUCUUUAUAAUUUAUAAUAUUUACCAGGAUUCUAUUUCAUAAUAAUUAUACUUAAAUAAGCCUUGGCAGAUGAGUAUUGUGUUUAGUACUUCAAUAAAAUACUUUGUUUUUAAUCUUUUCGACUUAGGCCUACUUGCAUGGUGCCACUAACCCGGGGUUAAGCGGUUA